UCGGAGUCUCCAUGGGGCUGAGGGGCUGGCUGAGGACCGUGUGCUGCUGCUGCUGCCCGGGGCAGCCCGCCGUGCCCGAGAAGGAGCCCCUGGUCAGUGAUAACAGUCCAUAUUCUUCAUUUGGAGCGACUUUGGCGAGGGAUGAUGAGAAGAAUCUGUGGAGUAUGCCUCACGAUGUGUCCCACACAGAGGCGGACGACGACAGAGUCCUGUACAAUUUGAUAGUCGUUCGUAAUCAGCAGGCCAAAGAUUCAGAGGAGUGGCAAAAACUCAACUAUGAUAUCUACGCCCUGCGACAGAUUCGAAGGGAAGUGAGAGACAGAUGGAAACGCAUUUUAGAAGAUCUAGGUUUUCAAAAGGAAGCAGACUCUUUGUUGUCGGUGACAAAACUCAGCACCAUGAGUGACUCUAAAAACACAAAGAAAGCUCGAGAGAUGUUGUUAAAACUGGCUGAAGAGACCGACAUUUUCCCAACGAGUUGGGAGCUCUCGGAGAGAUACCUCUUUGUUGUGGACCGUCUCAUUGCUCUCGAUGCUGCAGAAGAGUUCUUUAAAAUUGCCAGUCAAGCUUACCCCAAGAAGCCUGGGGUCCCAUACCUGGCAGAUGGCCAGAAAGAACUGCACUACCUUCCAUGUCCAAGUCCCUAAAGGAGAGGCUGGGAGGCAGAAUUGGAAUUCUUUGACUGGAACUCAACAAGCAACCAAAGUUGGACAAAUGCAUAUAGAAGAGAGUGAGCUAGCUAGCUCACUGGGGCUGGCUAAGUGAAAAAUGAUUCUGAAUCCUACAAAAAUCUAAGGGUUUGGAGAUCUGGUCUUCAUGAGGACUUUAUGAAAUGUUCAAGUUGCGUGGAAACAUCUGGUGAUCUUGCAUCAGAGAGUUGGUCAGGGGGCUGUUUCGUCAUGGGCGAUUAGAUUCCAAGAACCCAUGGCCCCGAUUUUGGUUUUGGUUGUACAGUAAGCUCUAAUCAUUAAUCCUGUUGGGAGAGUGGGGAAUUCUAGUUAAUGGAACAAUAAGAUUAGUAGAGAGAGCUAUCAUUGAGCCUAAAUACGGAUUACCAAUUUUUAAAUAAUUGUUAUAUAAUAUAGGCUGACACCAAAAUAAUAGCAGGCACUAUGGGACCUUUCUUUGGUUUAGAAGAACCUACAGAAACUUGCAGGGUGUCAGAGGCAUCAUUUUGAGUAUCAGUUAUGAUUAUUCAGAAGUUUAUAUGUACCAGAUAAUAGAAAUGUCUAGAAGUGCUGCUCAGAAGUGAGUUCCAAGUAGAAUGAUCUCAAGCAGAACUUCCUGCAGUUACGUGUAACAAGUCCUGCCUUCGGUUGCGGUACAAGCGUCUUAAAUUCUCAAUACUAUUGAUAUCUGGUUACCUCAUUUUUGCAUAUUGUCCAUUUCUCAUCCAUAAGCCCUUGAUAUUUUAUGUUUUAUCCAAGAUACGAUCUGUAAACUGAAACAUUUGACUUCCAUUUCCCUCUCUGCUCUUUAAUCUGUUUCUGGCUCAUCGGAUGAGAGUUGCACCUGCCCAGGGACCUCUCUUGCAGACUUGCAGCUCUGCAGGCAGUGUUGCGUGGAAGAAGGUCAUUGCUGGACUUUCUUUCAUUCUGAAGAUGAUUUUCAAAAUGCAGCAAUGCUGCCGAUGCACCUUGCUUCUAUCCACAGAUGGAGAAAUCCAGUUUCAGAAGUUACUUACCUCUUAAGCAAGGAGCUGGCCGGGAAAUCAUGGUUCAUUUUAUUAAAAAGACUUUCAGAACUUGUAGGAUUUAUCAGUUAAUUGCUGAGAACAAUGGCAAUAUUUUCACUUUUACAGACUUUUCUCUUCUGACUUCAGGUUAAAAAGUAACGUGUGUUCAGUCUGUCCAGGAGACUUGAAAAUUUCCACACACUGACUAGCUCUUCUGGUGGUGUACACAAUUUUUAAAAUAUUUGUUAAAGGAGAUCCAUGUUCUCCAUUUUUUAAUGCAUGGCAGGCCAAUUUAACUGACAUGUUUCCAGAAAAUUCUUUCUAGGUUAAUAAGUUAAGCUAAAAGUUUUAUUUUUUAUAUUUAGAGCUUAAUCCCUUUCAUGUUGCUUAAAACUAGCCUGCAGAUAUUUUCCGUCACUUCUGUAGCCUCUUACAACAUACAAACAGUGACACAAACAAAAGCAAAAAUUAACAAUAAAAUAAACCAAAAAACUUUGAAAAUUGUAUUGUUUUCAUCUCUGUCCAUAGAAUUUGUGUUUUGUCUUUCUGCCUUUUUUCAUGUCAAAAUAGAUAAGAUUGUUUGCACUUUGGAGAAUAAAUUGUAACCAUAGUCUUUAUUUUUGAUAAUGAAUGAGUGAGGAUAAGAUUGUCUCUAUGAUUAUAAAAACACGUGGGAUCAUCCAGGAAAUUUUCCUUCUAAAGAAUUAAAAGGUUUCUCUGUUUACUGUUCAA